AUGCUCAGAUACAGUUAUACAAUUGCUCCACGUUUACGUUUAGUUAGAUACAACAGUACUAUCUACAAUAAUGUCAUCGGCACUUUGAAGAAAGACCUUAAGGAGGCUAUGUCCACUAAAGAUGCCUUGAAGAAAACUGCUAUCAAGAGCAUACUGUCUACAAUCAAAAACAAUGAAAUAGAUGCCAAGGACAAAUCAUUAUUAGAUGAGUAUUCCUUGCAUGAUGCCUUUACAAAGAUGGUUGCUCAACGAAAUGAUUCCAUCAAGGAAUUUAUCGCCAACAAGAGAGAUGAUUUAGCUGAGAAGGAUAAACAAGAAAUUGAGGUUAUAAACAAAUAUUUGAAGGAGUUGCCUGUCUCUUCUGCUGAGGAUUUGAAAACUAAGGCCACUGAAUACUUGAAACAAUUACAAGAAUCAGAACCAAACUUGCAGUUGAAACAGCUGUUUGGCAAGGUCGAUUGGGAUGCUCUAACCAAGGAUUGGAAGGCUUCACAAAAGUCAAUCAGAACUACCAUUGUAUCAGAAUUUAAAAAUAUCUUUAAAUCCUAG